AAGUGUGGGAACGCGGCGACCUGGCAGUUUGAUGUCUCUGCAUUCUCUGGCCUCAAUUUGUCCCUGCUUCAAUGGCAUCGCGAUAGUACUCUCCUUUUUGACAACUCCCCCACGAGCCAUUUGAGCGCCGUGACAAUAUCCAUCAUGGCUGCGCGUACCCUUCUUCUCACACUCGCCAACCUCCUAAUCCCCGUCGCGAUUCUGGUGUUUGCGACUGGCUUCUUCCCGUAUAAACCGUUUAUGCCCGGUCUGGCAGAAUAUGACAACCUUGGCUGGGAAGAUGGCAUGGGAUGGAGUAACAAGAGUGUGGCCGACGCGCCUUUUGAUCGGCUCGUCUUCAUGGUUGUAGAUGCACUGAGGAGUGAUUUUGUCUAUAGCGAGGGCAGCGGCAUGACAUUUGUUCAAAGUUUGAUUCGUGAAGGUUAUGCGCUUCCCUUCACCGCGCAUGCUACAUCCCCUACCAUCACAAUGCCCCGUGUCAAAGCCAUUACCACGGGCUCCAUCCCGUCCUUCCUCGAUGUGAUUCUGAACUUCGCCGAAAGCGACACAACCUCUACCCUUGCCACACAGGAUACCUGGCUUGCCCAACUCAAAGCCAAGGAGAAUGGCAAACUUGUAAUGUACGGCGACGAUACAUGGCUGAAGCUGUUCCCCGACUUCUUCGAGCGUGCCGAUGGGACAAGCAGUUUCUUCGUUUCGGACUUCACCGAAGUGGAUAACAAUGUGACUCGACAUGUUCCCGACGAGCUUUUGAACAAUGACUGGAAUGCUAUGAUCAUGCAUUACCUAGGCUUGGAUCACAUCGGACACAAGGCUGGCCCUAAAAGCCCGAACAUGCUGCCCAAGCAGAAGGAAAUGGAUGACAUUGUCCGCGACAUCUAUUCGGCGAUUGAAAACGAGGACCAUCUUCAGAAUACCUUGUUUGUGCUUUGCGGCGACCAUGGGAUGAAUGAGGGUGGCAAUCACGGCGGUUCUGCCCCAGGAGAGACCAGUCCUGCCUUGGUCUUCAUGAGUCCAAAGCUGACAAAAGUCACCCAUGCUAUGGAGAAGAAGAGUCCCGUGGUGCCGAAGGCAGGCACAGAAUUCGAGUAUUAUCGAAUGGUGGAGCAGAGCGACGUCGCUCCAACACUAGCUGGGCUUAUGGGGGUUCCUGUUCCGAAGAACAACUUGGGUGUCUUCAUUGAAGAGUUUCUUGGAUUUUGGGACGAUGGGCGUGAUCGUAUACAAUUACUACUCCGUAACGCGAGGCAGGUCAAGAGCAUUGUGGAAGCGACCUAUCCCAGCCUUGACUUCGGGGAUGUAGUAACCCAGGACCACAAGAAGGAGUGUGAUUCGCCAUCUACUGGCCAGCAAUUGGCUUGCAAAUGGCAAGGGGUUGUGGAUGUCAUGUCGACUCGCACUAAAAUUGAAAUAUCGUCUCGAGUUGGUCAACUUUACAAGUUCAUGAAAGCCGCACAGGAGACCAUGUCCAGCACAGCAUCAAAUUAUGAUGUUCCCCGACUAGUUCUUGGAGCCUCCCUGGCUGUCAUUUCGGUCUUUCUUACCUUAUUCACAUUGCCAGCCUUUACACCCAUGAGCCCGCAAGGUUUGUUCUACACGCUUAUCUUGGUUCUAUACAGCAUUCUCAUGUUCGCUUCCUCUUACGUUGAGGAGGAACACAACUUCUGGUACUGGGCAACGUCUGCAUGGCUCUUUUAUCUUUUCAUAUCUGCCUCACGUAAGGAGUGGACUGCAAACUUCAUCCUUCAUCCUGCCAUCAUGGUGCUGGUUCUCCACCGCAUCAUCAGGCGAUGGAAUCAGACUGGACAGAAAUUCGCAGGUGCAGAUGACAUCGUGCAUUCCCCUCUCUUCCAUGGAUCAUACUCGAUUGUCUUGUGGACCAUGAUCGGAUCCGCGUACGUUGAUGUGACGAAUCGCCUUUCACGACAUGUAGCGCGCUCCAUUGCCGCAUUUGAAGGGCUUAGCGGCGUGGCUCUAGGUGCGCCCGACGAUGAGUUCGAUCCCAACCGUUUAAUGGCUUUCAUUGCUGUGCUCCCGCUGGGUGUCACGGCAUUCCUGUUCAAGCUUGCUUUUACAGCGUUGGAUGCGCCUGAGCUGACGGGUGGCAUCAAUCAAGAUCUCCUGAAUUGGGUCGCAAGCUUAGGCCUUGUUGGGAUUGCAAGAAUGGUGUUUGGUGGAAUUGCAUUGAGUGCGUUUUGGAUCUCGGUUGCUGAGUGGAAGAGAGCACAAGGAAGACGGAAGAACGUGGAUGGCAAUGGUGAUUUGGCAGUGGCACUUUUCGACCUGCUUACUUUGUUCCUCCUUACCCAGACUAAAGCCCAAAACAUACCUCUCUACCUCCUUUUCCGCCUUCAAUUCUUCUUCCUUUCAACACUCAACCUCGACCCAACUUCUUUAACAACCACCACUCUCCUCCUAACCCAAACCUCCUUCUUCGCCCUGGGAAACUCAAACGCUAUCUCCUCCAUCGACCUCUCCACCUCUUACAACGGCAUCUCCGGCUACAACGUCACCCUCGUCGGCAUCCUCCUCUUCGCCUCAAACUGGGCAGGACCCCUCUACUUCACAGCAGCCGGCACGCUCCUUCUUGGUAGCCAUGGCGGCGCAAAUUCCACUCGUCGACACAUUGAUACAUCGGAGCUCGACGACCGCGACUGGGUCCGCGAGGAGCGCGCACACCUGGAGCGUCUAGCCCGACAGGAAAACAUCGUUGCCGAGCGCAAGAAAGACAGUGGCAGGGCUUGGAGCGAUCAUGUUUCGUUGAUGACGCUGUGGACGGGGGUUAGUGUUGCGAGUGUCAUGGUUGCUUGUGCGGUGUUGAGACAGCAUCUUUUCAUUUGGACGGUGUUUAGUCCCAAGUUUCUUUUUGCUAUGGCUUGGGGGAUUGGCUUUCAUUUUGUGGGGACGAUUGCGUUGGGUGGGCUGCUUUGGAAGGUUGGGAGGUGGUAA